GAAGGCGGCGACGCGAGCGAAGCCACGCCGCUUGCGAUUUCGAAGUUGCGAGAGGUGAAGGUUUCGCUGCCGAUGCACUUAGGGUUAGGGUUCGGGUGAAUUGCAUAUUGGAGGGCUAGUUGGAGGGUGAAUCUGGAGAACAUCACGGCGUCACCCGCUCUUUCCCAGCCGACGAGAAUGUCAGUUUUUAGUUCGAAAAUCGAAGGACUCGAUGGGAAGCUGGAUCGCAAAGCCGCCAUAAAGUUCAACACCGCCGACUUUAUGGCAUUCACAGAGGCGCCGAGGAAUUACUCGCUAUUCGUCUGCUUGACGGCCUUGGCGCCGGAAAUGAGCUGCUUGCCUUGCAGCCAGUUCGAAAGGGAGUACAACUUGGUGGCGAAAUCAUGGCAUAAGGCCGGUGUGCCGCAUUCACUGUACUUUGCGCAACUAGACUUUUCUGCUGGUCGGGAAAUCUUCGAUCAGUUCCAUGUGAAAACUGUGCCCAUGGUACUGCACUAUCCACCGACUGAAGGGCCGCUAGCAACUGAUGAUAGCUCUACUAGCGAUGAGCCUGAACAUUACAAUUUAAAUAGACAGGGCUUCAAAGCAGAAGCACUUGCUCGAUACGCCUCUGAUAUAGUGAAGCAUGAGUUCAUCAUCAAGAGACCAAUGAAUUGGGAAAUAUACGGAACCAUGGUAGGAUCGUUCAUCCUGCUCGCAUUCUUCAUUGCGCUUGCGUGGCCUGCGAUUGUGGCAGGUGUACAGAGCCGCAAAGUCUGGUCCACAGUGUUGAUUGCGUGGGUUGUGAUCAUGAGUUCUGGCCAUAUGUGGAAUUCUAUCCGUGGGCCGCCGUACACAGGAACGCGGGAUAAGCAGCCGGAAUUUAUCUCUCCGGGAUUUCAGAACCAGUACAUCCUUGAAACGCAUAUCAUUGCAGUGCUUUACGCAGCAUGUUCAAUAUCUUUCGUGGCGCUGGUAACCAGAAUCCCCACUAUUUCGCACCCCGCGUCCCAACGGUCGGCCGCGUACGCAUGCGCGGCGGGUUUUGUCAUUGUUUAUUCCCUUGCACUGAGGCUUUUCCGAGCAAAGAACGGGUCGUACCCUUACAAACUGCUAUUCUGAAGGCGGUUUGCAUGCUAUUGGUGCGAGCGCCUUGGGAUGCAUGUACACUAGAUUUUAGAGUAGAACCAGACCGGGAGACUUCAUCGCCCUCCCUAUAUCUACCUGUUCGCCAGAGACGGUGUAGGCCUCGCUGGUUUCCUGAACCGAUAUAUAGUACCACGAAGCGCACAAGC